AUGGCACGACUACCUGCUAUGUUUGGUGCUAGUAUGCUGGCGGGACUGGCCUAUAUACAAUAUCAGGCGGCGCAGGCUGGUUCCUAUGCGAUGGAUGUGCUGAGAAAUGCUGGGGAUACCGUAACGGGGGCUUCAUCAGCCAUCUUUGACGGAGCCAAAGGGAUUGCGGAUCAGAUCGGUGCAGGUUGGCAACGGACGAAAGAGGAUGCACAUCUCCCCGAAUGGCUCCAACAAAUUUUCGAGAAGAAGGAGGAGUCUGGUGAACAAGGCUCUGGCCCUGACCCGGACCCGCCUAAAAAGACGACACAUGCCGCUGCGCUCGCCGGGUCGGCUGCUGCCUUGGGCUUCGAAGUGAUAAACGAGGAAGACGAACGAAAGGAGGCCGAAGACGAUCAAAUGAUGGUGCUGACUAGAAAAAUGAUUGAAAUCCGAAAUAUGCUGAACACCGUGGGUCAAGGUGGUGCGCUCACGCUGCCCUCCAUUGUUGUCAUCGGCUCCCAGUCUUCCGGGAAGAGUUCAGUGCUGGAAGCAAUCGUCGGGCAUGAGUUCCUGCCCAAGGGCACCAAUAUGGUCACCAGGCGCCCGAUUGAACUGACUCUUGUCAAUACUUCUGAUUCCCAAGCGGAGUAUGGUGAAUUUCCGACUCUAGGUAUGGGCAAGAUAACCGACUUCUCGCAAAUUCAGCGAACUCUAACGGACCUUAACCUUGCCGUUCCCGCUGAACAAUGUGUCACUGACGAGCCGAUUCAACUCUCCAUCUACUCUCCUCACGUUCCAGAUCUCUCUCUCAUUGAUCUGCCCGGGUACAUCCAAGUAUCGGGCAAAGACCAGCCACCCGAAUUGAAACAGAAAAUUGCCGACUUGUGUGACAAAUAUAUACAGCCACCUAAUGUCAUCUUGGCUAUUUCAGCUGCUGAUGUUGACCUGGCCAAUUCCACUGCUCUCAGGGCUAGUCGACGAGUCGAUCCCCGUGGUGAAAGGACGAUUGGAGUCAUCACCAAAAUGGAUUUGGUGGACCCGCAGCGCGGUGUCGAAAUACUGUCCGACCAAAAGUAUCCGCUACGUCUAGGAUAUGUGGGUGUCGUCUGCAAGAUUCCACAGACGGCAAUGCUUUUUGCCCGAACAGGCCACAAUCUGACGGACGCCAUCGUGAAGAACGAGCAUGCGUAUUUCUCAUCUCACCCGUCUCAAUUCGGACCCGGGUCGCAGGUCGCUGUGGGAACAACCACGUUACGGCAUAAGUUGAUGCAUGUUCUUGAGCAGAGCAUGGCAGCAAGCCUUGCAGGCACACGAGACGCCAUUAUUCAGGAAUUGGAAGAAGCCACGUACGAGUUCAAAGUGCAGUACAACGACAGGCCUUUGAGUGCCGAGUCUUACCUGGCAGAAAGCUUGGACAGCUUCAAGCACGCAUUCAAAGAGUUCAGUGAACAAUUCGGCCGGGCCCAAGUUCGGGCCUUGCUGAAAGAGGUGUUGGACCAGAAGGUCAUGGAUCUGUUGGCCAAAAGAUACUGGAAUAAGCCGCUCGAAGACCUAUCUCCGGCUCAGCCCGAAGUCGACCCGUUGUCCAAUCUGCCCAAGGCUGAUCCGAGCUCAUUAUAUUGGCAACGAAAGUUGGAUGCCUCCACGUCAGAACUGACCAAAUUGGGUAUCGGCAGACUUGCUACGACUGUUGUGGCUGCAGAGUUACAGCGCCAUGUCGACAGGUUGAUUGCCGCGUCUACUUUCGCCGCACAUCCAUAUGCACAGCGCGCCAUCGUCGAUGCAUCUUCCAGUAUUUUGAACGACCGUUUCUACAGCACCAGUGAUCAGGUCGAAAACUGCAUUAAGCCUUUCAAGUUUGAGAUAGAGGUGGAGCCAAACGAAUGGAGCAAAGGGCGCGAAAACAUCGGCCGCGUGCUCAAGAGCGAACUCAAAGCCUGCGAAGCAGCGCAAAGACGGCUCGAAGACAGCAUCGGCCAGAAGAGGCUGAGAGAUGUGAUGGCAUUUGUGGACCGGGUUAGGAAAGGGGACGUUGUCCUAGAAGGGAACGGCACUGGUGGUGCGGGAGGGUUUUCGGCAGAUCUCUUGCAAAAAGGUCGGGAAGCCGUUUUCCUCCGUGAUCGAGCCGACAUCAUCAAAAUGCGCCUCUCGGCGGUCAAAUCCAAACAGUGCGCCAAUCUCAAGAACAAAUACUAUUGUCCGGAGGUAUUUCUCGAUGUCGUCGCAGACAAGCUGACCUCUACCGCCGUACUCUUCCUCAAUGUUGAGCUUCUCUCCGAGUUCUAUUAUAAUUUUCCGCGAGAGUUGGACAUGCGGCUCGGUCGCCAUCUCGAUCACGCCGAAAUCGAGCGGUUCGCCCGCGAAGAUCCCAAAGUCCGCAAACAUCUCGACCUCAUCAAACGCAAGGAGAUGUUGGAAAUGGUGUUGGGGAAGAUCGAGAGUUUGCGCCAACUGGAAGGUCGGGUGAAGCAACAUGCCCAGGUGCCGCCGCCCGUCAAAGAGAGAGGGCGAUGGAGCUUGUUUUGA